CAGCAGCAGCGGUAUCCUCGCGGGCGUGCAGGUGCCCAGGUGCAGGUGGGCUUGGACAUAUCCAUUGUAGAAUUGUGCGCUGGCCGUCCAAGCGGCGUGGUCAGACAACGCCAUUGAAUUCGAGCUGGACGAUUUUCCCCAACGACACAGCCAUGCCUGCAUCAUCGUCCUCAUGAAGCGCAUGCUGCCCUCCACGUCGUGUCCAUUCUUCGCGCCUAUUCCUGCCACGCCUGGAUGACGACAAUCGCCGGCGUGUGUCCCUUGCGCUUUGCCCGACCCAUGCUCCCGCCAUCCGAAGUUUGCGCUGUCUCUGACCGCGCACUCAAGCAAUGCCGGGACUUCCAGCCAGUAUAGAUCUCGACGAAUGCAUAUCCCGACUGUACAACAAGGAGCUCCUCGCCGAGUCCGUCAUUGAAGCGGUAUGCGCCAAAGCGAAAGAGCUGUUGAUGAAAGAGAGCAAUGUCGUCCACAUCCAAGCGCCCGUCACCGUGGUUGGUGACAUCCACGGGCAAUUCUUCGACAUGAUUGAGAUUUUCAAAAUUGGAGGCCAUUGCCCGGACACCAAUUACCUAUUCCUCGGCGACUAUGUCGACCGCGGUCUCUUCAGCAUCGAAACCAUCUCCCUCCUCGUCUGCCUCAAACUGCGCUACCCCGAACGUGUGCACCUCAUCCGCGGCAACCACGAAUCCCGCGGCGUGACACAAUCCUACGGCUUCUACACCGAAUGCAGCCGCAAAUACGGCAACGCCGCCGUCUGGCACCACUUCACCGACAUGUUCGACUACCUCUCCCUCUCGUGCGUCAUCGACGACAAGAUCUUCUGCGUGCACGGCGGCCUGAGCCCCAGCAUCCACAGCAUCGACCAGAUCAAGAUCAUCGACCGGUUCCGGGAGAUCCCCCACGAAGGGCCCAUGGCCGACCUGGUCUGGUCGGACCCGGACGCCGAGCGGGACGAGUUCAGCCUGAGCCCGCGCGGCGCGGGCUACACCUUCGGCGCGCAGGUGGUGCGGAAGUUCCUCGAGGUCAACAGCAUGAACCACAUCCUCCGGGCGCACCAGCUCUGCAACGAGGGGUACAUGGUCAUGUUCGACGAUCAGCUCUCGACGGUGUGGAGCGCGCCGAACUACUGCUACAGAUGCGGCAACCUCGCGAGCGUGCUCGAGGUCGGGCCCGGCGGGGAGCGGAAGUGGAACGUCUUCGACGCCGCGCCCGAGAAUGAGGUCCAUCGCUUGGAAUCGCAGCAGCAACAGCAACAGGCGGGGAACGACCCCGUCAGGGAUUACUUCCUCUGAGAGAAACGUCACGGACGACGGGAUCUCUUUUACAGCGGGCACCUAGCCGAGCGAGUGUUGACGAUGAAGAAUGUUGGGAAGGCGAAAACCGGGCUAGAUGCCCCUUGCAUGUGGUCCAUGUAUUCCCUGAUGGAUGCAAAAAAGGACGCGCAAUUGGUGCGAUGUAGUGGCGGAGCUGCAAUGGCGGAAUGGGUACCUAUGUCUGGCUAUUGUGUGUAAAGGCGCAACGGGAUCUUGAUAGACAUGCAUACAAAUUUCUUUAUCGACACGAGUAUUCAGUUUACAUAUAGGUACCCGGGUGAGACGGGUCGACAGAAGUGAACAGGAUUCGGCAAUGGCAUCUGGGGACAAUAAUAAAAGGUAGUCCCAUGGAAAGACUGACAUGGACGAAGAGAAAAGCAUUCAGCGUGAGAGAAACAUGAAAUUCAUUUAUUUUCAUUCAAUUUCUA